AUUUUUGUAGUCCAUUCUUGCUGUUUUGACAGUGGUGCUAGUGGUUAGCACACGGAUUUCUGUAGUCGUGAUUUGGGGGAUUUUGUUAAAUGUGAUCAAGCUAUUGAGUUUAAUUGAAAUCUGAAAGAAAUUCACCUGGAAAGAUGCAGGAUGACGCGCGCUACCUCAAACGCAAAGUGACUGCGGGCAGCUUGGACGUCCACCCCACGGAGAAGGCCCUUGUGGUCCACUAUGAGGUGGAAGCGUCUAUACUGGGAGAGGGUGGAGGUCAUAUGCUGGGCGAUCGCAAGGAGGGACAAAAGAUUAUCCGUGUGAAAAGUCUUUCUCCCAGUACAGAUGUGGGAGCCUUGGCCAAGAAGGUAGUGGAGGAGUGUAAACUCAUCCCUGCUUCCCGUUUGCCCCAGGUGGAGCAGCUCCUCUACUACUUGCAGAACAGGAAAUCAUCACCAGUGGAGGGCAAAGUGGAGAAGAAAGAGAAAAGAACGGUGAAACCCAGAGAACUGACACCGUUUGACGGAAUGGAGUUGAAUGAGGAAGCCAAUAUAACCAGAGUGGAUGAGUAUGUUGAACUGCUCUAUGAAGGCAUCCCAGAGAAGAUCAGAGGCUCUGCACUGAUUCUGCAGCUCGCCCGCAACCCUGAUAACCUGGAGGAGCUGCUACAAAGCGAGACAGCUCUGGGUGCUCUGGCCAGAGUAUUGAGGGAAGACUGGAAACAGAGUGCAGAGCUGGCUACCAUCAUCAUUUACAUCUUCUUCUGCUUCUCCAGUUUCUCCCAUUUUCACGGAGUGGUGAGUCACUUUAAAAUAGGAACAUUGUGUAUGAGUGUGGUGGAACAUGAGCUGAAGAGACACGAUGCGUGGCGUGAGGAGCUCCGCAAGAAAAACAAGGCUUGUGAAUCAGCACCGGAGAAUGGCUCACUGAGAAGAGACCAGGACAAAGCUCUGAGAAAAUACCAAGGUCUUCUGGCUAAACAGGAACAGCUGCUUAGAGUGUCUCUUUACCUCCUGUUGAACUUGGCUGAGGACACCAGAACAGAGCUGAAGAUGAGAAAUAAAAACAUUGUUGGUCUCCUGGUCAAAGUUCUUGAAAGGGAUGAUGAGGAGCUGCUGGUUCUGGUGGUUUCAUUCCUCAAAAAGCUUUCCAUCUUCCUGGAGAACAAGAAUGACAUGGCUGAGGUGGAUACUAUAGAACGACUGGCUCGUCUGGUUCCCUGUGACCAUGAAGACCUGUUAAACCUGACUCUGCGUCUGCUGCUCAACCUCUCUUUUGACUCUGGACUCAGAGCCAAGAUGGUGGAAGUUGGGCUGUUGCCUAAACUGACUGCCUUGUUGGGUGAUGAAAACAACCGUCAGGUAGCCUUACGUAUUUUGUAUCACAUCAGCAUCGACGACCGUUUCAAAAGCAUGUUUGUUUACACUGACUGCAUACCUCAGCUAAUGCAAAUGCUGUAUGAGCACAGCGAGGAGGAAGUCAAAGCAGAGAUCAUCUCCAUCUGCAUCAACCUGGCUGCAAACAAGAGAAAUGCACAACUCAUGUGUGAAGGAAAUGGAUUAAAGAUGCUUAUGAAGAGAGCUCUGAAGAUGAAAGACUGCCUUCUGAUGAAGAUAAUUAGAAAUAUUUCGCAACACGACGGAUCCACCAAACCCCUGUUCAUAGACUAUGUUGGUGACCUGGCUGCAGAGAUCCGUGCAGAGGAAGAGGAGGUGUGGGUCCUUGAGUGUCUAGGGACGCUGGCCAACCUCACCAUCCCUGACCUGGACUGGGAGUUGGUGCUGAAGGAGUACAACCUGGUACCCUACCUCAAAGACAGACUUAAACCAGGUUCAGCAGAGGAUGACCUCAUCCUGGAGGUGGUGAUAAUGAUCGGAACAGUUUCUAUGGAUGACGCCUGCGCCGCCAUGUUGGCUAAAUCUGGCAUUAUUCCUGCCCUUAUUGAGCUACUGAACGCCCAACAGGAGGAUGAUGAGUUUGUGUGUCAGAUUGUCUACGUCUUCUAUCAGAUGGUGUUUCACCAAGCCACACGAGAGGUCAUCAUCAAAGACACCCAGGCUCCAGCCUACCUGAUAGAUCUGAUGCAUGACAAGAAUGCUGAGAUCAGGAAAGUGUGUGACAACACCCUCGAUAUUAUUGCUGAGUACGAUGAGGAAUGGGGGAGGAAGAUUCAGUCAGAGAAGUUCCGUUUCCAUAACAACCAGUGGUUGGAGAUGGUUGAGAGUCGCCAAGCUGACGAUUCUGAACCAUAUCUCUAUGAUAACGACAACGACAGGACUGAUCUAUUUUAUAGCGCAGAUGGAAUAACCCCAGCAGACGGCUCAGUCAGCCCGGAUUUCUUCGGUGAUAUGCAGCCUCAAAAUGGAGACUUGCACCAUAUAGGAGAAGGCAGCGAUGUCUUUGACCAGACCAGCUCAUCACCUGGACGACCAGUUACGGCCUAUGGCUUCAGACCUGAUGAACAGCCCUUCUAUCAGUACUCAUAGACACACGCCUGAUUUUUUAAGCGCUUCAGGACAUUACGUCAUCUCAUGUCCAUUCCCCAUCUGCAUCCUGCAUGUCCAAUGAAUUUUUGCUAUUAUAGUCUCUCACGACUGAAGGCAUCACAUUGAUGUGAAAGGACUGACACACUACCACUGCAGGUCUUAAGCUAGUUCUUAAACUGCUCGUCCAUGUAGUCACCUUUCAUUACCCUUUUCAUUUAGUCACUGUUAUGUUAAGUAGAUAAUAGUUAAGUCUUCCUUAUUCCUUGGCUACAGUCUUAGGGCAGCGUCCUUGUGGGUCAUUAAAUAACAUGAAGAAUGUAAUGUAAGAAAUGUCGAUACGUUUUUGCAUGUUUUUCCAAUGUAAUAAUGAAUAUUCGUUGCCUCUACAAAUUGAUUGAGAAAACAUGUAGUUUUAUGUGUUCUUAUAGUUGAACAGUCUACCACGCUAACCUUAAUUACUAAGAUGCACUACAAUGUACAUAGCUUUCUUUUGUCUGUGUCACUGUAAAAUGGGAAUAUAGUUGUUGGUGGUGCGUAUAGUGAAGGUUACUUUCACACCUGCGGGUUAGUUCAAACCUAGGUGCAGCAUAGCUAAGCCGCAUGGAUGUAUGGACAAGGAUUAACAUUCAAGCCUAACGACAUGUUUUUUUUCAAGGAGCGUGGCAGAGACGUGGCGCCUGUUUGUUGGCUUCUUCGCAGCCCUCGAGGUGCUCAUUACACGUCUCUGCCGUCGUUCUCCAUUUUCCCUGUGCCUGUCAAAACAGGCACCGACAUUGUUUCCGGACAACACUGGUCAACGGUGCACUUUGAUGUGGAAAGCGUUACCACAGAUCGGAAGAAAUGUUGAGGCUUAAAAUGUUGAUGUCUUGUGCAAGCUUAUGGCUCAGGUCAUCCGUGCGCUGUAUGUUACUGAUGUCAAACCGUAACAGUAUUACAGGUGAAUAGAUAAUGAUUGAUAAAUGAUAAUUUUUUUUUUUUUUUAUCUUUGGGUGAACUGUUUCUUUAUGACAAUUAAAUAGGAACACAGGAACAUUAGGAUAUAUAUUAUAAACAUUCUUGUUGAAUUUAAAAUAAUGGGGUGAGUGUUUCAGUUGUGCCAUCUUAAGUCAAUACUGUCGGUGUGAUUUCAUGCUUACGACCGUGGUCAGUCUGUAGCUUCCUGCUGAAGUCACUGUUUUCACUGUCUUUCUUUACUGUGUAUUCUUAGAGCUGUGGGGGGUUUUUACACUGUGACUACAUUCUCAUUAAUUUAAACACCAGGACUGCCUAAUGAAACAAAUGAUGUUGAGCAUGGCAUUCACUGCUAGACAACAGAGCAGCUCCGUGUCUGGAUGUAAAAAUGUUAGUCAGAGCAGUAUAAUUACUCCUCAAAACUAAAAUGUAUUGUGCCAUUUACUAAACUACAUAUGAAGUAGUAGGGUCACAGUUACUGCAUUGACAGGACACAGUUAACUUCAUACUGUAUUAUAGGCAUCUUUGCACAUUUAGUUACAUUUUGAUGCAUGAUCAUCUUUUAUCAUAACUUAUUGUUACGCUGUAUAUUACCUUUUAUUCUAAUUAAUUUAGUUGCUUCUUAAGGAAACACUGUAAACAAGUACUGUACCAUAGAUGCGCUCCGUCUCUCUCUAUAUCUCUCUUUGUCUCACAGGUUUUUAAUAAUAAAAGGAACUAAAUCUCA